AUGAGUUUAAAGCGUGUGUUAGUAACAGGCGCAUCUGGUUUAAUUGGCCGACUCUUUUUCAACCAUUUGAACACUCAGAUCCCUCUAAAAUACGACGUCUAUGGUCUUGAUAUUACCACCGAUGUUUCAACUCGUUAUGAAUUAGAAAAAUUGCUCAUAACUGAGAAUGAUAAACAAAGAACGGCAAUACCACAAGAUCGAUUUGUCCAAUGCGAUGUUACAGAUAGGGAAAAAUUACAUCGUCUUCUUGAUGAACUCAAAAUUGACAUUGUCAUACAUCUGGCAGUCAGUUCACCAUUUGAAACCGACGUCGACAAACUUCUACGAGUGAAUGUUGAAGGCACAAGAAAUGUGUUCGAAGCACCCGGUGUUCAGUCAAUUCUUUAUGCUAGUUCAGUGAGAACUAUGCUUGGUUAUUUCAUACAAGAACCGUACCGAUCUAUUGAGGCUCAUACUCUCCACGACUCGAUUCCAAUCCGAAAGUUAACUGUGGCUAAUGAUCCUCCUAUUGACGGUGUGUUUACACCAAUCGAGCAAGCCUAUUUUCAAAGUAAACUAUUGGGCGAACAAAUAGCCCAUGCGACGCGUGACAAAAACACUAUUUGCGCCCGAUUUGGCUGGGUUAAUGCCCGGAAUGAAGCUGCAGGCGAUAGGUGGGAGUGUACAGUGUGGUGCAGUCAUCGAGAUCUUUGUGAAUUUGUCGACAGAGCUCUUGAUGCUCUUGUACGAAAGCAGAGUGGCACGUAUUUUGUCUGUUCAGAUAACUAUCAACUUUGGCUUGACAUGAAUGAUGCAAAGAACGAUUUAGGCUUUGUGGCCAAAGAUGGAAGCAAGAUAAAAGCAUAG